AUGAAAGGCUUGUUAUCGGCAUUUGCAGUGCUAAGUGCACUCGCAUCUGUCUCUGCCCACGCAACCUUCCAAGAGGCUGGCGUGAACGGCGUCGAUCAAGCGAAGAAGUGUACAAGGCUUCCAUUGAGUAACUCUCCAGUGACAAGCGUCACGUCAAACGAUAUUAGGUGCAAUGCUGGCACAAAGGCGGCUGAGGAGACUUGCGAGGCAACAGCUGGGGAGUCUUUCACGGUUGAGAUGCAUCAACAGCCAAACGACCGAGCUUGUGGCACGGAGGCUAUUGGGGGGAAUCACUUCGGUCCAGUCUUGGUGUACAUGUCAAAGGUCGACCAUGCUGCUGCCGCUGACGGAUCAGCGGCUUGGUUCAAGGUUGACGAGUUUGGAUAUGAUGCUUCCAACAAGACUUGGGGCACUGACCUCCUCAACGCCAACUGUGGGAAGCGAACUUUCAAGAUCCCUACCAAGAUCCCUGCCGGCGAUUAUCUGGUUCGGGCAGAGGCUAUUGCACUUCAUACCGCGUCCCAGGUUGGUGGCGCACAGUUCUAUAUGAGCUGCUAUCAAGUGAAGGUUGCAUCAAGCGGCAGUGGUCAACUACCUGCCGGAGUUCAGUUCCCUGGUGCGUAUGGCGCCAGUGAUCCCGGCAUCAAGGUCGACAUCUGGGGUAGUGGAUUCAAGUCCUAUGAGAUUCCUGGGCCGAAGGUGAUUGAUCCUAGCUACUUCUAA